AUUUUGUAAUUAAUUUGACUUCCACUCAUAUUCAGACAUGUUCCAGUUGAAAGUAGCACCACUUUGUUGUCAUGAUAUUGGGCCGAAGUUGAGAAGCAGCAUGCUUACUUCUAUGGUUGGCUAAUGAAAGCUGUUGUAAAUCAGUUGGUAUAUAAAAGGGCAUCACUUAUCUUCUGCAAGCACAAAGAUAAUGGAGAUAAAAUUCUUGUAAAGCUGUGUAGGAGUCACUGAGGUCACAUAAAUGGAAAGCAUCUUGUUUCUGUUUUAGGACGGUCUCUAUAUAAAUGACCUUGGGAGAAUGUACUUGUUUAUCUGAAAAUAUUUCCGUAUUAUUAAUUAUAGAAUGGUCAAGUUGGUUUUCUGAGAAAAUGUCAAUUAUUUAUCACAGAAUCGCUGUCUUUGACGUCACUUACCGUAGAACCAUUUUAUGGCUGGCUUGAGGAGGAUAUGCUGACUCAUAAACAUUAUAAAAUCAGCUGUAAAAUAGAUUUAUACCGUACAUCCAUAGUCAUCCAUAAUGUCUUGGACAUACUCAAAAAUACUUUAUUAUUGUGAGCAAAACAUUUAAUGAAGAAAUGCUAACCCAAGUGACGUACAAACAAAUCAUUGGCUGGUAAAAGGGUUCAUAAAAAACACAUGAAGGAACACCAGCAACAGAAUGAAACUGGAUUUUUUUUUCCUCUGUGUGAUUUGAUUUGCAUUAUCUGUCACUUAUUGUGACGCAAGUCUGUGUCACUUGGUGUUAGACGGCACCGUUAUAAGGUGCUAUAUACCAAGGAACAUGUAUUAUAUGUAGAGUAGUGAUGAGAUUGCAUCCCCUGAACCCCUCCUUUGAAAUGUCACACGUCACACCUAUGCAUGUCUAUUUGAUGUGUUGAGAUUGAGAAUGUGUUGUCGGAUUUCUCUUCCGGCUCUGAGGAUGAUACACUGGAAGUGCCCUGGGACAUGGCCCAUCUCAGGGAGGGGUUUGCCAUUGACAAUGUGACUAGCUUCCUCCUCUCACUUGCUUUGGGUGGCCACUACCCAAGCUUUCUGUCCUAGAACCAUUCAACAUGGCAUGUGCUUUUUUUCUUUUGAAUGAAAGCCUAUGUAAAAUUGUCAUCAAGACUAGAGCAUAGACAGACCAAGACCAAGUAGAAGAGGGAGACAAAGAUCAAGACUCAGACCAAACUGAGUGCACACACAAGCACGGGUCUAUUACACAUGUAGACGCACGUUCUGUAUUUAGUUUGGUCCCUGUUUGCUCUGGUCUUGACUACAACACAACACAGCGAUCAGACCCUUUACUGGCCGGCAUUUAUCAGGUUUGUGUGGAGUCAUGCUGGACACGUAGUUUCCGGCAUCUAGGUUGAGUUGCCAGAGGUGUGAAGCUCUGUCCAUCAUUCCCUCACUCAUGGACAUGGACACAAACUAGAGCCUUGACCUACCUGGGGGUCCAUGAUUUUUUAUUUGUCUUUUUUAUAGUUUGUAGCCUGUCUCCAACAAUAAACUUAACACCAGAAACGAUGUUGCUGGCUAAAGCAAACAGACAACCUUCAAGUAAACACCAUUGCACUGUAUUGCCUCAUGACUUUUAUGAACCCGCUGCAGUGCACCUCCUGUACAGCCACUAUCUGUCCUGCUGGUGAGGCCUUAACUGUUUAGACAACACAUUUCCUCCGAAGCGCACGCCUCUGUCUAAUUAGGUUUGUUAAGACCGACGAGCGUUUGCACUGUCCCGGCUCUCAUUGGUCGUCCUCUCACCCAAGUUAAUCAUUAUCUCUGGCACCAAGUGUGUAGCCAAGGAGAUCUCAGCUAAGAGACCACGUUGUGAAAUUGAGUCACGUCCUCUUCCUCCAGUAGAGAUCUGCCCGGGUCAUGUGACCUAGACCGACAGAAAUGGGGAAGCAGGUCGCCUUCUGAUUAGGUCUCAGAUACAUUCGUCACAUUGUUUGCGUCUAAUGGAUUAUUUCUACACUUUAAGGCCGGCUUCUCCUGUUGAGUCGUCCCUCCAGAGGAACCUUCACCCAGACGAUGAAGACGACGGGGACCUGAAUAAGGCUUUGGGCGUCCAGCGCUUUCAACAGAUUCUCACGCCGGCUGCGGUCGUUCCUGCCGAGCAGCAUCAUAACUACCAUGAGGAGGACAUUGCAUAUCACAGACACUCCUCUCACCACAUCCACCGGCCGCUGUCCAAACUACCUUCUGAGGGGCGACGCAAGAAAAGCAGCAAGAAGAAACGAAAGGACAAAGACCACAAAAGCAGCCAUGUUCCCAUUGAGGAAGGAGGGGAGGAUGAGGAAGAUGAAGAUGAAGACACUCUGGACCUCAGUCCUGCUCCUCCGGACUACACCGAGGUUGUGGAGUUCUUCCUGUCAGAUGAAGACCAAGUGGGCAAACCUCCAAAAGAGAGCCCUCACUCUGCUCGCUCUCUGGACAUCGCUCUGCCUUCUGCAUCUGGGACAGAACCACAAGAUGCACCGCUCUCAGAGAGACGACCUUCUUCAAGUCUCUCACCGCUAGCCACAGCAGCUGAGCACACGCCCCUGGCCCGAGUCUCCUCCGCCAGCCGUGGCUACGACCUGCAAGAGCGACGACGAACCGGCAACAUGACGGGAGCUGAGCAGGCCAAGUACCAGCGCAUCCCCACCGACGAGACAGAGGCUCAGACCCUGGCGUCGGCUGACUUGGAUGGCAUCAAAAGUCACCGGUUUGAAGAUGUGCCCGGCGUGCGCAGACACCUGGUCAGGAAGAGCACCAAGGGUCAGGUGGUGCACACCGGCAAAGACCACAAAGAGCCGACCACACGCAGCCGAAAGCAGGACCGGACUCCACAUGAGGUGUUUGUGGAGCUGAACGAGCUGACGAUGGACAAGAACCAGGAAAUGCAGUGGAAGGAAACGGCCAGAUGGAUCAAGUUUGAGGAAGACGUGGAAGAGGAGACAGACCGCUGGGGGAAACCUCACGUGGCCUCACUGUCCUUCCGCAGUUUGCUGGAGCUUAGGAGAACCAUCUCUCACGGUGCGGUGCUGCUGGACCUGGACCAGAAGACUCUGCCUGGCAUUGCCCAUCAGGUGGUGGAGAAGAUGAUCAUUUCUGACCAGAUCAAAGCGGAGGACCGAGCCAACGUCCUGCGAGCGCUGCUGCUGAAACACAGUCACCCGAGCGAUGAGAAGGAGCACAGCAGCCCGUUCCCCAGGAACAUCUCCAGCACCAGCUUGGGCAGUCUGAUCGCUCACCACCACAGUGCCAAUCACAGCCACCAGUCGGAGCCGACGGUCACCGACCCGCUCAUGGGGUCCAUCCACUCGGCCGGGGACAUGGACAUCCGUGUCGACGUGGAGAAGAACGACCUUCAGAAAGAGCCAACGAUGCCGACCGGCAUGCACCGGUCCAAGUCCAAGCAUGAACUGAAGCUGCUAGAGAAGAUUCCAGAAAACGCAGAGGCCACUGUCGUCCUUGUGGGCAGCGUGGACUUCCUGGAGCAGCCCACCAUGGCGUUCGUUCGCCUGCAGGAGGCAGUAGAGCUGGAGUCGGUCCUGGAGGUGCCAGUGCCUGUCAGGUUCCUGUUCGUCCUGCUGGGACCCCCCACCACCAGCAUGGACUAUCACCAGAUAGGUCGCUCCAUCUCCACGCUCAUGUCUGACAAGCAAUUCCACGAGGCGGCCUACCUGGCGGACGACCGGCAGGACCUUCUGAACGCCAUCAACAGUUUCCUGGACUGCAGCAUCGUGCUACCCCCGUCUGAGAUGGGCGGCGACGAGCUGCUGCGGUCAGUCGCUCGCUUCCAGAAGGAGAUGCUCCGCAAGAGGGAGGAGAACAAGCUGAUGGCCAAAGAACCCAAGAGCUUCGAGGAGAAAGGUGCGACGGCUUUUUCCACUAUAUGUAAAGAGUCUUAUGUUUUCGGUUUCCAUUUUCCAGAAGCCCUUAUUUCGCCAACCAAAAAAUCAGACGACCCAUUAGAGCGCACCCGGCGCCCUUUUGGAGGCUUGGUCCGAGAUGUCCAGCGCCGAUACCCCAAAUACGUCAGCGACUUCAAGGAUGCUCUCAACAGUCAGUGCAUGGCCGCCGUCAUCUUCAUCUACUUUGCUGCUCUGUCGCCCGCCAUCACAUUUGGAGGCCUGCUGGGGGAGAAAACUGAUGGCCUGAUCGGCGUGUCGGAGCUGAUCGUGUCGACGGCUGUUCAGGGGGUCCUCUUCUGCCUGCUGGGUGCUCAGCCGUUACUGGUGGUGGGCUUCUCCGGACCCUUGCUGGUUUUUGAAGAAGCCUUUUACAGCUUCUGUAACGCCAACAACAUCGAGUACCUGACCGGCCGCGUCUGGAUCGGCUUCUGGCUGGUCGUCAUCGUGGUGGUGACGGUGGCGUUCGAAGGCAGCUUCCUGGUCCGCUUCGUCUCCCGCUUCACCCAGGAGAUCUUCUCCUUCCUCAUCUCCCUCAUCUUCAUCUGCGAGACCUUCAUCAAGCUUGGCAAGAUUUUCAAGGACCACCCUCUGAAGCGCUGUUCCGUCUGCUCAUCUGUUCCCUACAACUCGUCCGCUCCCGCGAAUGACUCCGACGUCCUGGCAGAAGAGCCCCCCCUGGUGACGGGGAACAGCAGCGGGUUGGACGCAGCGAAGAUCAAGGUGGUCGAGGAGCCCAACACUGCCUUGCUUUCCCUGGUCCUGAUGGCUGGAACAUUCUUCAUAGCGUUCUACUUACGCAAGUUCAAGAACAGCGCCUUCUUUCCUGGAAGGUUGCGCAGGGUCAUUGGGGAUUUUGGAGUUCCUAUCGCCAUUCUGAUCAUGGUCUUGGUGGACUACAGCAUAGAGGACACUUAUACCCAAAAGCUGAGCGUGCCCAAAGGAUUCUCUGUGACCAGUCCUGACAAACGGGGCUGGAUCAUCAGCCCUCUGGGUUCGGAUGGACAGUUCCCCAUCUGGAUGAUGUUUGGCUGCUGUCUGCCCGCCCUGCUGGUCUUCAUCCUCAUCUUCAUGGAGACGCAGAUCACCACGCUGAUCGUGAGCAAGAAAGAGCGCAUGCUGGUGAAAGGAUCCGGCUUCCACCUGGACCUGCUGCUCAUCGUGGUCCUGGGCGGCACCUCGGCUCUGUUCGGACUCCCCUGGAUGGCGGCCGCCACGGUCCGCUCGGUGACGCACGUCAACGCUCUGACUGUGAUGAGUAAAGCCGUCGCCCCCGGAGACAAGCCUCGAAUCCAGGAGGUGAAGGAGCAGAGGGUCACCGGGCUGCUGGUGGCCAUCAUGGUUGGCAUGUCCAUCGUCAUCGGCGACCUGCUGCGGCAGAUUCCCCUGGCUGUGCUCUUCGGGAUCUUCCUCUACAUGGGAGUGAUGUCGCUCAAUGGCAUCCAGCUGACGGAGAGGAUGAUGCUGCUGCUGAUGCCUCCGAAGUACCACCCCGACCACACCUACAUCCGGAAGGUCCGAACUCUGCGCAUGCAUCUGUUCACCUGCAUCCAGGUGGUGUGUCUGGCAGCUCUGUGGGCGGUGAUGUCCACUCAGGCGUCGCUGGCCUUCCCCUUCGUCCUCAUCCUCACGGUUCCGGUCAAGAUGUUUGUGCUGCAACGCAUCUUCACCCCCAGAGAGAUGGCUUGUCUGGACGCCGACGACGCGGAGCCCACAUUCGACGAGAGAGACGGUCACGAUGAGUACUCGGAGAUGCACAUGCCCGUCUAGCCCACCACCACCUGCGCAGAGAUGUAACUCACAUCAUGUCCUCAUCGCUGUAAAAUCCACUUCCACGUGCAAUGGGUCAAAGAUUAUGAACUCAAACUUACAAUUUGUUUUUGUUUUGGAGGACGAAUGAAGGUGAAUUCUUCUUUCGCGGUGCGGGAAAUUCCCAAUGAAACUUGAUCCGUUUCUGCCCUCAUUCACACUUCAUAUGUGAAGGAUAUUAUGGGAUGCAUUCUUCCAUCACCACACGCUGACGUCUUUUUGUCGUCUGUAUUUGUAGAUUUAUUUAAGCUCACCUCGCGCCUUAUGAAGGAAACCAGAGUCUACGACAUGUAUUCUCGCGUCAUUCACUGAACCUGCCUUCUCAAGCUCGUAGCACUUUAAAAAAGAAAAAACAAAAAAACAAAUCUGAGCAACGAUUCUGUCUGUGGUCAUUUUAACUAGCUAGCGUGGAUAUUAACGUUUUAAUCAGCUUCUUAAACGACUGUCUGUGAGCGAUUGAUUUUAGAAGUAGUACCAGAUUGUACCAGCAGACAGAGCUGUUCUGAUAUAUUGAUGAUACGCGUCACACUAAUGCCAUAACAUCUGUCGUUAUCGCACAUUUGCUCGGCUGGUCUCGUAGAGGAGAACGUGAAGACUCACUCUCGUUGUGGACACCGAUGGUUGUUGUUGAUGUCACGUGGGAGGCUUUUUUUCGGGGGGGUUAUUGGUGUAUUUAAAGUCGUGCCAAAUGUACUGCAGCUCAGUCGUCUGUCUUUGCAGCUGAACAUUCCAUGGUUUGUUGAACCGAGGCGGUGUUGAAUUAACGUCGACCAAAUGUCAACAUACAUUGUGUAGACAAUCUGUUUUUACCUGCUGUCGGAUGAGUUUCGGACUAGAUCGGCUGCUCUGUUACUUUUGUGUAUGCCCUUCUCUCACUGGUUCUUUUACCCUCAUCGCCUGAUCUCAACUGCUGCAGUGAUCUCACGCCUGUUGUUUUGGGGGGGGGGGUCACACGUUUGCACAGAAUCUCAAGUGCCUGUGGGACCAGGAAGUGACUGGCGACAAGUGUCGAGGACGAUGUUACAUUAGCUUCUAGACAUCAUAGCCUCUUGUUUUUUUCUUCUUGACUAUACCGAGGGGAUGUUUGAGGUGCACACACCGAGGCGCGUGAGAAUGGGGCCGGGGUUAUGAAGGACGAUGCAGUUUCACGUUAGUGCCUGUGGACGGAGCGUCGGCGCUCUGAAUGUCAUGCUGUGUAUGAGAAACACAAAACACUGAAAACUAUUGUUCCAUUUCUAGAGCAAUAGAAAGGCUGAGAGGCAAAGUGCUUCAUAUAUUAAUGUUAAAUAAAAGUUAUUUUCUAUUUA